ACGUGUGCGCGCAUCGUGUUCGAUUUUCUUUCGACAGUCCUAAGCUAACUUUAUAGUCUACAAAAUGUUGAUUGGAUUAGUGCGAGACUCCGUGAUGCAGUGCUUCUGCCAUACAUGUCGAGCUCCUGUGCUGCCGGCAGUCAAUCGACGAUCUGCUCCGACAAAGAAACCCACUAAAACUCGGACCAAACAGCCAAAAGCAUCAAAGAAAGUAAAAUUCAUAACUACGGAGAUCCGUUGCCAGGAAAAGUCAAAAGGCGGUCUGUGCUAUGAAGUAAUCCUGGCAGAACCAGCUGGUAACGUGGCGUUACCGAAACUACCCCCCACCCAAGGCAAGAAUGUCUCAGCAGAGGAAAUCGAAGAGAAGCUAAAGGCUGCGGAGGAACGCAGACUGUCUCUGGAGGCAAAGAAGAUGGCUGACUGGUCGGCAAAGAUGGCCAAAAUAGAGGAGGCUUCUCGCAAAAAGGAUGAGCUGGACAAGGAAUUCAAAACACAUGCCAAGGAGGUGCUUCACACCAAGAUGGAACAGUACGAGGAAAAGCGAGAACAACAGUUGUCGGAAAUAAAGGAAAAACUAAAGACACACGCAGCGGAUAUUGAGAAGACGAGACAAAGUUUGGAACAGCAGAAGGUCGAGGAGCUGCAGAAACAUCUGGAAGAUAAAUUGCGAAAUGCUGCCACUCUUCGCGAUGAUAAUAUUAAAAAAAUUCUAGAUCGGCUAAAGGAACACAACACUGAUAAGUUGAACGAAGUCCGCGCAGCCUGCUACCAGACCGAAGCACAAAAGUCCACCGAAAAGACGCGUAUCAUCGAAAACAAGCUGUCCACCGCCGAGCAAAAUCGUGAAAAGGAACUCCAGAAGAAAUUGGAAAACAUUCGCAAGCACGAGCGACGUGCCGAAUUGGUACGUCAAAACAAGGCGGCCCUGGCUCAGAAGUCCGAUGUUACUGCUUCGUCUGGCUAGAUUAUGAAUCAAUAAGCACAUGU